AUGGCAUCCCAAACUCGCUAUGUCGACCGCGCUAUCCCACGCAUCUCCAUGCACGACUUUGAGAAUCGAAUUGGAGAAAUAACAAACCAACUAAUCGAUGCCGCCGAAAAUGUGGGCUUCUUCACCGUCAUCAACCACGGCAUCUCUAAAGAAGACAUCGAAACAAUGUUUGCAACAUCAAAGAGCAUGUUCGAUCUACCAGAGAACGUGAAAGCAACGGUACCCUGGAACGCGAACAACGUGGGCUGGGAGAAGAACUCACAAAUCCGCCCGUCAACCGGCAAACCCGACAGCAAGGAAUCCUACCAGCUUCAAUUCGGCGAAAACAUGAAAGACCUGUGGAUCAAAGACACCGACCUACCCGGUUUCCAAACAACCAGUCUCACCUUCAUGCACCGGGUGCAAGAAAUAUCCGAACGCCUAAUGCGCUGCUUCGCACGCGGACUAGGCUUCCCCGAAACAUUCUUCAUUGAAUGCCAUGGCAUUAGACGGCCAAAUUCCCAGACAACCAUGCGUCUACUUCAUUACUUUGCGCAGCCGGAGGUGUCGGACGGGCAAGAAUAUCAUCGCGCAGGGGCACAUGCCGAUUGGGACUUUUUGACUUUACUCUUUCAAAAGGAAGGGCAGAGUGGGCUGGAAAUCUGUCCUGGGCGGGAGGUGGUCACUGAGUUCGGGAUAGGGGACGAAUGGACCAAAGUCGAGGCGAGCACCGAGGCGAUUGUCUGUAAUAUUGGGGACUUACUCAUGUCGUGGUCGGACGAUAGGUUCAAGUCGACUUUCCACCGGGUUAAGGCGCCGUGUGAACCUGGCGACUAUUUUGGUGAUCGGUACAGCAUUGCGUACUUCAAUCAGCCUUGUAAGGAUGCUUUGAUCCAGGGGCCGUUGAAGAAGUAUCCGAUUGUCACCGGGGCUCAGUUUACCGAGAGUGCGAUGAAAAGGAAUUUUGCUGCUUUGCAGGAGAAGUUGAAGACGGUCGCGGCGGCUUAA